AUGGCGGCAUCUGAGACUGGUGAUCUUGGAUAUGACCAUGACAACCUGCGGCAUGUCGUGAUUACUGCGACUUGCUUUGCGUUGAUCCUUUCUACGGUGUCAGUUGCACUGCGUCUGUACUGUCGCAAGAUCACGGGCACCAAGGUCUUCUUCGAUGACUACCUUAUAAUCGUGGCAUUGGUCUUCGAAUACGCAGUGUCACUGGCUGGAGUUGUCUUGCUGUAUAACGGACUGGGCACUCACAUCAUCUACGUUCCUCCUUCGGAUUUAGUAGUGUAUUUGAAGACUCUAGCCAGCGGCAGCUUCCUCUACACACUAUGCAUCGCAUUCACGAAGCUCUCUAUCCUCGCACUAUACAAGCGAAUCUUUUCCAUCCGACCGAUGAUCCUAGCGGCUAACUCCGUGGGGGCAAUUGUAAUAUUGUGGUGCUUUGGGGUAUGUCUGAUUGGGGGCGUCGUAUGUAUUCCACUGGAGAAGCUCUGGAAUCCGACAAUUCCCGGCGGAUGCAUCGACCUGGCCAAAUUUUACUAUGGGCUCCAGAUUCCUAACAUCGUGACUGACGCCGUCAUUCUGGCUCUACCGAUGAAACACGUAUGGAACCUUCAGGUGCCACGUGCGCAAAAGAUUAUGUUGACAGGCAUCUUCUGCCUUGGUGCUUUGUGA